ACAUCAGCCUCCUCGUCGCCCUGUUCUGGGCCCACAUCCGUACCCACACACCUUCUGUCAUCCAGUCUCUUUUCGGCCCCUCCGCUUGGACUGAGUCUGCCCAACUCGUCGGGCAACCUGAACUCCACCAGUUCAGCCAGUUCCGGUCUCGUCUCCUUCUCCUGCUCCGCCUCGCUCUUGCCCUCGCCCUCGUCCUCUUCCACCUCCUCCGGCGGACUCUUCUUUCCCACGUCGGGCCUCGUCGACGCCAAGUCGACGCCUCCACCACCGGCCUCUCUCUUCCCACCCGACGGCUUCCUCUCGCCGGGAUUCUAUGCCAGCCUGAUUUCGGCCAGUCGAGCACAGGCCACCGUCGGUCUGCCCACCCUCAACGGUCAAGACCUCUUCACGACAACACGAACUGCCUCCUCUGCCACUGGCCGACUAGGCCUUAUCUCCCCUCCUCUCAUGCCCUCGUCUCUGAUGCCACCUCCGUUGGCGAUGCCGUUGGCAUCUUCUCUGGCACAACCCACAACCCAAAAGUCGACCUCGGCGCCAAUCUCUGCUCUGUCCAGAUCUCUCGCCUUCACCGCCUCUCCAAGCGUCUCGGCGCCCGGAAUCUGGCGCAAGUUGUCCGGCUCUGCAGAUACCGCCUCGCUUUAUCAUCCGCCGGUUCCGGAGAACGACAUGUCGCCGGCCAAACGCACUCUCCCGCCCCCCUGUGAGGCACAUGUCGGCGACAAUUUGACCCAAAGCACAGGUCAUGGGAUGUCCCAUCUCCAGCCUCCAGCUGCCCAUCAUGCCUCCUCUUUUCUGCCCACUGGCCUGCCAGACGCCUCGGCCGUCUCCGGCUACCCUGACCCUGUGUCUCCAUCUUCUCCACUCGACCUCAACGCCGACAGUAGCAACGGCCCAGCAACCAUAUCUGCCGCCUCUCUUUUCACCUCGCCACCGAACCACUGGUACCCGUCGCCACAAUGUCUCUUGGGCCUGGAAUCACUGCUCUCCGUCUUGCCAGCCUCGAUGCACUCCACAGCGGCGGCCUUUUUUAUGGAACAUCAACAAUACCUUCAACAGAAACAACAGCAGACGUCUGCACCUAAGCCGCCGAAUCACUGGUCCCGUCUUAGAGUCCAGCAUUCGGCCUCCCCAUCAGCUAUGGUUGAUGCAAACAGUCCAACUCUCGUUGCCGCCUCGUCCACAUCAGCCGUCGGAUCAAGUGGAGCACUUCAAUACAGUGCUGACGUCAAGGCAAACCAGUCGACCGGAACAACUGGUCUCCAUGGUAUGCCAAAUGUGCUUUCCGCCGGUCUACGCGCCAGCAACUAUGCCCCAUUUGGCAGACAGACGAUUUGUCCAAAGAGCUGCUACAGCCUCGAAGAAGAUAUAAAAACGUUGAGUAGAGUGAGUCACUGGUACUUCCUUAUUUUAACGGUUUCUCUGUCUUUAUAUGAUUAG